AGAGAGAGAGAGAGAGAGAGGGAAGUUGUAGAAGAGGAGAAAAGGGAGAGAGAUGGGAGAGAGGGGGGUGCGUUGGAUUUACGCACGUUGAUGACCGGGUCGGUGUGAUUGGUCACCUCUGCAGGAUGCCUGCCAGCCCGCAAGGUUGUGGUGCGCUUUUAAAGUGCUGCGGACCGGCAGAGGCACGGUGUUCAGACCACACAACUAUUGAAGACAGCGAGACCGACGAGGGGACCCGAACAGAACCGAACCCAGUAAACCGGAGAGGAAUUAAGAGAGGAAGAGGAGCGAAGAAACACAGAGUCAUGACUCCAACUGUGCGACAACUUUUUCUUGUGUGUUUAUUCUGGUUUCUUGGACCUUGGAGCACAACAGAUGCCAGUCCUUUCGAUCAGUGGGAAGAUGGGAUUGAGUUAAGAAAGGUGCGAGGCAUCCAAAGUGAGGAUUUGAGUGAUGUUUUGUGGAGAGACCAGAAUGAGGAUCAAGUCCAGAAUGUUUUCAAAAGAUUUCUCUUUCAUUACUCUAAAGCACGCAACUCUGUUGGAGCUGUACAGCACGAGUCUCACUCAGUUCAUCCUUUGAUGCGACUUUCCCCAAAGCUUUCCCAGAUGAGAAACAAGAAGGUGGUACUCUUGAAGAUUCGAGGUCUGCCGGAGGGGAUGUUGUAGAAGAAAAUGUACAAAACAAAAAAGGAAAUCAGGCUCAACAGAAGAGGAGCAGCAGGCAGCCGGCUGGUGGAGCUACGCACUCUCUCCAUGGAGAAACGUGACUUUUUGUUAACAGAAAAUAAAUUAUUGUAAAGAUGUCAAAAAAAUAGAACUGCACUGCCAUGGCUGCCAUGUGUCUUCCUGCUUCCAAAUGUCAAAUUGGUGUGAGUUAAUGUGAACCGUUACCAAGCACAAAUUUGGCACGUUGCACUGUUACACAAGACACGGAUGUCACAAAAUACAGACAAAGCACUCUAAAGAAAAUCCUUUAUAAUCAACAGUGACAGAAAACAAUGAGAACCUAGGACAAAAACUGGCACCAAUUAUUGUGGCAAAGAGGUGAACUCACAUUUAAUUUAACAGAUUUAAAUGUACUUGUACAUUUUGUGACAUACUUGACAAGUAAUAAAAAAAUGUUUUGUCUUUGA